AUGGUAUUAAAAACAUCACAUAUAAUUGUCUUCUCAACAGUAACGCUUUUCCUGCUAUUUUCUAACACAUUUGUUUAUACAGCCUUGAAUAAUGGUAUUAGUAUUGCUGGUUCGGAUUCGUUGAAUGAUGUUCAACUUUAUCCUCCCAACACCAAUACCUCAGCUGCUCAAGCGUAUGCCACAAAAGGAGAAUUUGCAUUACUUUCGUAUUACCUCUCUGUGCUUCAAGUCGUAGUUAUCAUCAAUUCCGUUCUCAUCGGAUUAUUAUUGUUGUUAGCCUUUACAUUGACUGCCAUCCGAUGCUUGGAAGAUUACAAACCAGAUUACGACCGCGUGCAAGAUCCUCUAUGGCUCAAAGGCUUCUCAAUUACCAAUUCAAUGGUUUCAUGUUUGUUGUGUCAAUGCUUUGCCUUUGCUCGACCAAAGGGUAAGAGAAUUACUCUAUUCAAUGAAGAACAAUGGAGAAAGUGGCACAAACGAGAUUUGGAUCUUCAACGUGGUAUUAUUGAAGAGGAACAUGCUGAACCAACACAAGACAUGGAAAAGGAUCAACACAAAUAA